UUGCGAAUUAAAUAAGAAAAGAAAAGAAAGGAACAGGGACAAGAACGCCCCUCACACCUCACUAUUCUUUGUCCUUCUCACCGCCAUCUUUUGCUUUUUUUGGGAGCCAAAAAAGAAUUUCUUUUUUUUUAUUUAAUUUCCUGCUCUCUCAGACCCCUUGCACACUACUUGUAUAGUAUUGAGCCCAAUUCCAUGUCUCCUCGCACGCUGACGGUACCGAUGUCAUCGCUUCACAAUUGGGAAUGGAGAACAUCAAGAUCCCGUCCCCGUCCGCUAUCCUAGACCCCCUUCCUCCUUUGGCUUCGUCUUCCAGAAAGCUUUCUCUGUCCGCCUCUACUUCUACCCGGAAAACGGCUUCGAGCCAAGCCCCGGUUAGUGGGGUAACUAACAAGCCGAAACAGUCCAAAAGUAGGAAUGGUUGCAUAACCUGCAAAACUAAACGGCUGAAAUGCGAUGAGUCCAAGCCCACGUGCUUGCAGUGUAAGAAACGCAAUGUGGAAUGUGGAGGAUACAAGAAAGACUUCAAAUGGCGCCCUUUUGAAGAGACAAACGUUGCUGGCAAGGUUGCGACUGCGAAACCUCAAAGAACUACCUCAUCACGGUGCGGCAAUGGCAAUAUCAGUCUAUCGACAGCGCAACCAACGAGACUAGCAUCGGUAAAUCAACCCCGUGCGGCAAAACCGAGCCACUUGAGGCGAUUGUCUGCAUCCACGCAUGGACGUGUACCUGGAUUGGAGGGCUCCCGUGGCCACUCCAAGCGACAUUCGGUUGCGCAAGAUAGCUUCCCAUUCCCGGCAGAUGGCCUUGACGACCCCAGGUUAGGUAGCUUUAAAGAUGAUGCCCCUAUUCCGCUGCUGCCGGAGAUCAUCCCAUCAGACCCGUGCCCAUGGCUAUCGAAUCUAUCGCCCCCGGGUGUGGAGCUCGGGAUGAGUUCUGACCAGAGCACCCUAGGCAGCUCCGCGGAAGAAAGCACCCCAGCAUCAGAAAGCUUCAGUUUUUCUGCCCUCCUCGAAGGAGAGCACGAUGACAUCGAUGAGAUCAUCCGACAGUCUGCCGCACCCGCGACCCUGGAUACUCCUACAACGGAUCUUACUUCGACUGUCUCCACGAUGCCUACAGUCCCGAGCUUCCUUACGGAACCAAUCUUCAGCACCGGUAGCCCAGAGCUUCUGGUAAUCCAGUUCGAUCGGUUCACCUGUGGGAUCCUCUCCGUGAAGGAUGGGGUCCAUGAAAAUCCUUGGCGGACCUUGGUCUGGCCACUCGCCAAGGACACCCCGGCCCUAUACCAUGCCAUCUUUGCUCUGGCCGCGUUCCACUCCAGCAAGCAGAAUCCAGCGCAGCGAGUCCACGGGGUAGAUCACAUGCGACAAAGCAUCACCCACAUGGUCCAAGAUAUCCAGAACAUGAGGGCCGAUGCCGCGUUAGCCACGAGCUUAGCCCUUGCCUUCGCCGAUACCUGGGACCAACACACUCGCACAUGCAUCCAGCACUUGCGAGGGGCGAAAGCCUUAGUCUCACAGGUGGUCCGAUACGGACUACAAAGCGGCAUCACCGGGCAAGAUCUCGAGCGGGUCCGAUUCCUCUACAACACCUGGCUAUACAUGGACGUAAUUGCGCACCUCACCUCGCGGGAGGGCUGCGGGGACCAAAACGUGAACGUCUCCAUCCUCCAACACCCGCGGGACGCGGUGCACGAGAUCGAUCCCCUGAUGGGGUGUGCCACCACUCUAUUCCCACUAAUCGACCGCGUGGCACGACUCAUCCAGCGCGCCCGCAAGAUGCAGUCAAACUCCAUCUCUCUCGUCUCACAUGCCAUCGAGCUGAAACGGCUCGUCGAGCAAUGGGAGCCUCCAGCGUGGUUCGAGCCACCGGAAGACCCAACCUCCGAAGUCCAGCACAGUAUCCAGAUCGCGCACGCUUACCGCUGGGCGACACUACUAUACCUCCACCAGGCCGUUCCGGAGAUGCCGUCCGAGCCGGCCUCUGACCUCGCUAAACGCGUUCUCAUCCUGCUGGCGACUGUGCCGCCGAGCUCGCGGACGACCAUCAUCCAAAUGUUCCCGCUGUUAGCAGCCGGGUGUGAGACCGACCAAGAGGAAGACCGGCAGUGGGUGCUAAAUCGAUGGACGGCCGUGCAGUCCCGCCUGAUGCUAGGCUCUAUAGAUCGGUGUAUUGAGGUUGUGCGAGAGGUGUGGGCUCGUCGCGAUGCGUUCGAGGCAGAGAAGCAGCGACGACAGUUCUGCAUUUCCGGGCGUGCAAGCUUCUCUGCGUGCGAUGGUCUUGGGAAGGACGGGCUCUCGUACGGAAGCUUAUCUACUGCUGAUGACUGGGCUUCUGUUAGAAGUGCAGUGGGCAGCAGCUCCCGGCGAAACUCGGUUGCAUCCCCAUUGGAAAAUAUCGAGUUUGAGAAAACAAUACGCGGCCGCUUACACUGGCUUACUGUGAUGCGAGAAUGGGGGUGGGAAGUCUUUCUUGGAUGAACAAAAUUCACAACUAGGAUAUGAGGACCUGUGAAAAUGACACCAAAAUGACCACUUCCAACCGUAACUUUGGAAGGCGAGCCAGCACUUCACCACCCACAGUCCAAGUACCAUCACCCACCUAGCGC